AUGCCGGUCUUCGUGCAACGCUUUUGCCCACAGCCCACGGAAUUUUAUCUUCCUCCCAAACGCAGACGGUACCAGGGUGGAGCCCGCCCAUCCACCUGCUCCGCCCGGGACAGCCAGGGCUGUAACGCGGACAGGCUGCAGCGCCCGGCGGCCAAAGAGCGGCUCCCACCGAGGGCAGGGCUGCUCGGGACAGCGCCCUCAGCCACAGCCCCGCUUCCCUCCGCUCCGGGGGCUGCUCGGAACCAGCGCCCUCAGCCACAGCCCCGCUUCCCUCCGCUCCGGGGGCUGCUCGGAACCAGCCCCUCAGCCACAGCCCCGCUUCCCUCCGCUCCGGGGGCUACUCGGAACCAGUGCCCCUCAGCCACAGCCCCGCUUCCCUCCGCUCCGGGGGCUCCUGGGAACCAGCGCCCUCAGCCACAGCCCCGCUUCCCUCCGCUCCGGGGGCUGCUCGGGACAGCGCCCUCAGCCACAGCCCCGCUUCCCUCCGCUCCGGGGGCUGCUCGGGACAGCGCCCUCAGCCACAGCCCCGCUUCCCUCCGCUCCGGGGGCUCCUGGGAACCAGCCCCUCAGCCACAGCCCCGCUUCCCUCCGUUUCGGGGGCUCCUCGGGACCAGCGCCCUCAGCCACAGCCCCACUCCCGGGUCGCCUCCGCUGCUGGGCCAAGUAGGCACCGCCGCCCCUCCGCGGGCGCCCAGGCCGUUCAAAAUGGCGCCCAGCGGCGGCCGUCCCUCGCCCCCCUCCGCGCAGGCGUUCCCUUUCCCGGCGGGCGGUGCUUCCCCCGGCGUGCCGGGCGGGGGGAGCGGCGGCGGGGCGGGAGGAGUCCGAGCUGCGGGGGCUGGAGCAUCGCCGGAGGAACCCGGCACCUGUCCCGCAGCCAGGUGUGCGCCGCCGGCGCCAUGGGAGGCCCCGCGCCGCACCGAAGGGGCGCCCGGCGAGGGGCGGCCGCUCCGCCUCAGCCGCGCUGAAGCCGGCGCUGCUCCGCGGGGACUGGAGAGCAGCGACAUGGACCGCUCGCCGCAGCCCCCGGCCUCCUAG